AUCAGCACUCAACAGAAUUUUCCCCAUGCAGGCAAAACAGGCCAUUUUCUGGUAUCACCUUACAGCUAGUGUUUGGAAAAUGACACUACCGUGCCCUUUUAAUUCUCUCCUGUGCCUUUCAUGGCACACACACACAAAAAAAAAAAAAAAAAAAAAAAUUCUACUGAUGCACAAUGUGAAGGACCUCAUCAGCGAGCCGUAGCUGCUUGCAUCACUGCAAAUAACCUUCCCACGCGGAGUGGCUAAAACUCCGUGACCCCCUUUUUUUAUGGAUCCAACACGGCCUUGGACAAACGACCCGUUAGCACAUCAAAGCUCAAGGACUAGAGCGGCUCAACAAACACCAACGGUCGUGGCAGUCGGUGGCCGAGCAAACCUGACCGGCGUUCGGAUGGAUGGACUUUUGGGCGCUACACCAGCCGCACAUCGAACACUGCCAACACAUCAGACUGCCUUCCAAUUCAAGAACGUGUAAAUCAGGAGAGGAAUGGAGCCGUUCAUGACAUCAACUGUGCCGCCAAAAUACCACACGGCGUUUUCGUUUCCGUUGUGCUACGCCACAUCGGACGCCAGCUCGAGCAGUGAAACCACCACCUCUGUGGGUGUUCUGAAGCCAGCCUGGGAAGCCAGCAGUGGCAGACGGAGUACAGAAAAGUGCGAUUUUGAUGCAGACAUCAGCGAAAGCAGCAGCACUUAUUUCAGGAGUAGUUCAAGCUUCCAAGCGUUAAAGCACGAGGAGACACCGUUUUUAGUGCCACCACCUGCCUUUGCAAGCUGGGUGCUUAGCGCAGGGUCAUCUGAUAAUCCUCCGGUCCAUGGUUUAGGAACUACCAGUGAACUUGGCCAAGGCAAUUUCAAGAAUACACCCAGAUAUAUGGAGUCACAAGGUCCCCAGGGCAUUACUCAUUCAGCACCGGCAGCAUUGGCUUUGGCACCAUCUCGUGGGACAUCUGUGACAAGUUCCUUUAGUAGUGAAAGUGUGCCAGUUGUGACUACGUCGCAAGGCAGCACCGAUCGUAAUGACAGUAGCUGUAUUGCAUCUGGUGCAAUUGAUGGGGAUCCAGCGCCCCUUUCUGAAGAGUUGCACAGAGAAGGCAGUCCAGCGCACUCAGUCACAUUCAGUCGAAGAGCACAUAAAGAAAAGCAGUAUUCCCCAAACAGUACUCAGCAAGAGGCUGUUGCAAGAUGUGAUGGUCUUGGAGAUGACAAUUUGACCAAUAAUUCAGAACUGACCCUUUCACUCGAGUCUGUACUUACAGUUGUACCCCUAACACUGGGAGAACAUUCUUCUAGCCAGGGAAAGGGUGACUCUGACAGGAGAAGACAGCACAUUGAUGGCUUCCCUUUGCGAAGACUGCCUCCCAAUGCCAGUGUUUAUGUCCAUGGACCUCGACACUCUACAUCUUCUUUUGGUGAUGCCAGUUUGCAGUCUUGGGACUCUCAUCUUGAGGUCGAUCAGGCCAUUGAAGACAUUGUUGAGAGUGUUAUUCAGGAUCUCUCUAUCUAUGAAGCAGACAUAAAAAGUCAUUCAGGCACUUUUUCUCAAGAAGACUCAACGGCUGGAGAUCCUCCUAGGAAAGCAUCUCCGGCUUCAAUGUCUAGUUAUGCAUCGAGCAAGCGUUUGGAAUGGGACAAUGGUGCUGAUAUUGGUUACUUGGACUCUCACAGUAAAAGUCACUUUCCUGAAAGAAUGGGUGGGCUGCAGGUUCUUAGCCACCAUGGAAACUUAGAGUACCCAUAUGUUUAUUUACAUGGGCCAAAUUCAGAAGCAGAUGCUUUGCCAGAAACUGUAUUUUCUGAGGGAAAUGCUCCCACUGCAGUAUUUCGUGACGUUGUUGUUCAAACUGAAGUGUGUCCUAUUAGAGACGCCGAAGUCCAGGCUAGUGUUGCCAGUGGUUUCGAAGGAGCAUAUACAAAAGUAAUUUUAAAAAAGCCAUUAACGAGGCUUUCUUCAUCAAUUUCAAGCAGUGCAAAUGCAGGCUCCAGCAGUUCAACAAAACAAAAUCAUGCUCUGUCAGUCUCGUCUGAGAAGAGCAGGCAUACCAGCUCUCAAAGGAUGGGGCACAUCAGCAGUGCAGUUGGUACAGCACAUGCUACAAACCAUAAUCCAUCAAGUAUGUCACACUCUCCAGCCAUGGAAUCAACGGACAAGUUAUCCAUCAGUGGGAGUUGUGUGGUUCCUCCUAGAGAUUGUGCCAAGUGUGUCGGCCUUAGUUUCAGUCGCAAGUCAUUUAGAGAUUCCAGCAGUUGUCGUAAGGACAAGAGUGCGGCCAGUGAAUCUGAAGCAAGCGAUGCUGCAACACAGAGGACAAGUAAGAUUAGCAGCACUACUGAAUUUGUGAAAACUGCUACACCCACGAAGUGGGUACCUGACGGAGAAGACUUGCCUUCGGACAUCGGCAAUCUUGCAGUUGUGAAGGCAAACAGACUGAAAAUGAGGUUGCCAAAUGCAGUCAAAAGGCUCGCCUCUAGAAGCAACACUCCUGUAGAAGCACCUCGGGCAUGCAGUGAACUCAACAAACGUCGACUUGACUACUGGUUGAGCAGCGGGUUUCCCUACGUUCCAGCAGUGGCACCCCUUGAAACGGACACCUUGCCACAUAUAACUACGGAGCCUUCUGCUGGAAGAAAGGACAUGCCAACUGAUCAACUGACGGUAUUAGGGUCAAGCCUUCCACUGAUUUCGUCUGAACGAAGACUUUGCCACAUGAAACCAAAGCAAAUGAAUAUUAAGUUGCAAGCACCAGCUGAAAGCACUCUCACAAGAAAGCGAUGUGUCACAAGGCCUCUGGCUCUCACAAAUGCAAAAGUGUCUUCUCAAGCAAUCACUGCUCCAGCAAUGGCCACAGUUAUUUCCAGGGACUUUGUGACAGACAAACGGAGGUUCUUUCAGGAACCUGCAGAUCAUUUAGCAGCAGACAAGAAAAAGGUGCAUUCUAAAGGGUCUCCUGUAACUGAGGCUCACCUAAAGGCUAUGAGGAGUGGAAAAGUGUCAAUUGGAGUGAGCGAAUCGUCGUCUUCGGAGCUCUCUGCCAAGCCCAUCACAACUCGUGCCAAGCGAAGCAUAGCUAUGGCGAGGAGGGGUCGGAACUCAUGUGUGCGAUAUACCUCCACUUCUUAUGACACUGUGUCAGAAGGAGUGGCUUCACAAUCGUUGUCAGUGAGCGGAACGGGGUGCAAACUUAAGCGAAUAGCACGCAAGGAGUUGGAGAAGUUGAGAGGCCUGGUGGAUCGACAGAGGAAUAGCUACCUCAGGCAGCUUCAGAGAGAGGUGGAGCGCUUGAAUCGACUUCAGGAGCUGUUCCUGCUGGCUGAAGACAACCGGCCAACUUCUUCUCAAAUGUCAACUGCAGCCUCAGAUUCUGUGGAAGUGAGCGUGGAACGCAUAUCUACAAGCAACGACAGUUCUAGCGUUGGGGUGCAGACGUCCAGUUCUCUGCUUGGAAGUGAGCAGGAAAGUGCAGCGAAGGAAAGAUACUUUGUGUCAGUGGGCAUGACGACUGCCAAGAAAAAGCAGCGGGCCGGUCUCUCACCUUUCAAGAAAAGGUCCCGCACAAGAAGACCCGGAGUUGCAUGGGUUGUGCCCCUUGAGACUGUCCAAUGCCCGGGAAGCCCACCUAGUGCAGCGCCAGCAAAAAGCAAUCAUGUACAGGCAAACGAGGACCUCUCCCUGCAGGCGGCUUUUGCAGCACACUGUGGUCACCUGAUUCAGCGUUUUCAGGCACGGCAGUUGCAGGUAGCAACACUUGCUAAACAAAGGCAGCAUCAACAAGCACCACUGCUCAUGCACUUCGUCACCAAAAAUAAUGUGCAAGCGCAGAAAAUGGCAUCUCAGAGGCUGAAGCAACCAAGAACCUUCUCCCACAGGGAGAUGAGGGAUCAGACUGAAAAGGUGUACCAGAAGCUUCCCGAGGUUGUUGACAAGAAGAAGAGGGUGCACAGGGAGCAGCAGUAUAGAGCCAACCGCCUUAUGGCACAAGUCUACAACAAGGCAAUUCAAGAGAGAGCCUUGAAGGGUCACAUCAACUUCGCUAUCAAUAGGCCUUCUGCCUGUCUGUGAACUCUGCAUUGUGUCUCAUUCCUCAUUGUUCUAUUUGGAAAUGUGGACCUCAAUGUAGCACUUUUUAUUUUUGUUGCAAUAUUCACUGUAAAUAAAGCUUGUAUGUACAUAAGACUAA